AGGAAGUAACGUUGGAUGCGUACUUUUGUUCAACUGAAAUGAUAUCCUAAAUUUACUGUUCACCUGUUAAGCCGAUCAAAAAACGAAGUGCAAUGUCAUGCCCAUUCAAUCAGUCUGCGAAUCUGAAUCCCGCAGUGUUACCGCUGGACUGGCUUCUGGGUACCUGGCAGUCUGACGAGCCAGGUGAAGGCUCUUUCCCGUCCAUCUCACCUUUUCGUUACACAGAGACUCUACAUUUCUCACAUGUGGGACAGCCCAUAAUUAAUUUUAUGUUUAACGCGUUCCAUGCUGAGAGCAAAAAGCCUCUUCACAGAGAGUGUGGCUUCAUUAGGCUUCAGCCAGGCACCAACAAAGUGGCCUUCAUCAUUGCACAAAACUCAGGUCUUGUGGAGAUUGAGGAGGGGGAACUCACUGGACAGCAGCUGACUCUGCACAGUACUGCCUUGGCUAGGACAUCUUUUGCCAAAGAGCCUUAUGUUCAACAGAUCUCCAGACACAUCCAGCUGAAGCCCGAUGGAAGGCUGGAACAGACCAUCUCCAUGGCACUGGAAGGACAACCUCUGACACAGCAUUUGCACAUCACCUACCGCAGGACUGAUUGACCAACUGAAGUUUUGUUAAAGAUAUGUUCCUUAAAGCAAUCGCAUUAUGUAAAUCUCAUAUGAUACACAUUAUUUUUGGUUGAUAAAUAUAUAAACUUGCAGGUGAAGGUGAUGCUAUAGUAACAUGUGACUAGUAAUAUUUUCUGAUUGAGUUUAUAAAGGGGUUUCUUUUCUAUAUAAUAUAGAUCAAACUGAUUAUAACUCAUGUACAUGAUGAUUGACAGGGAAUACAGGUAAUGUGUUAAUAGAAAAUAAAUA